UAAUGACAGCGAAAAAUGUCAGGAAUGUUGUUGAACCACAGUUGGACGUUGUACUUAUAAAUUAUAAUCCUAAUAAUAUAUAUUUACAAGAUUAAAUACAAGAAUUGUUUUACAAUUAAGCUGCAGGAAUGGUAGUUAUGGCUGCUUCCAUAAAAGAGAUUUGUGAUAAUGUUACUCUUGCUAGGGAAAUGUCAAUGUUGGGGAAUUAUGAAAGUGCAGAAAUUUAUUAUGAGGGUUCUUUGCAGAUGAUAAGUCGCUUAAUUUUUAUCAUAUCAGAUCCAAAUCGUAAAAAUAAAUGGCAACAGGUGAUUCCAUACAAAGUGGUACAAAAAACAGUUGCUUUGGAAUAUGAAGAAGUGAAGAGUUUAAAAAAUACACUUCAAGCUCUUCGGCUAGAUACAAAUAUCGAUGUCCCUAUAGGUAUAAGGAGGCCAGUUUUACGUGAUGAACCUGUCCGAGACUAUGGCCAAAUGUUUUCUUCAGAUAAUUUUAUUCCAGCCCCAAGUAAUGAUCCUGAUGUUUGGCCAUCACCUGUACCAGUUGAGCAUAAUUUAAGUGGUCGAAAUGGCCCUGUAAAGUCAAGACAAUUGGUAAGAAAAUCAGAUAUUAAAAAGGGUACUGCCAGAGUUGGUUCUUCAAACAAUACAACUAGAAAACCGAAUAAAUUGAAGAAAGAUGAUAGACCUACUUCUUCUAAGGUAGAUAGAGAUAAAGAUAAGGAUAAUAAGGAAAAUGAAAAUGAAAAAAGUGAAAAGGAACCAGAAGAAGAUAAGAAGUUUGAGUGUCAUGGAAUGGAAAGGGAACUUGUUGAAAUAUUAGAACGGGAUAUUGUUCAAAAAAAUCCUAAUAUUCGGUGGGAUGAUAUUGCAGAUCUCCAUGAGGCCAAACGACUUCUUGAAGAAGCCGUAGUGUUACCAAUGUGGAUGCCUGAAUUUUUUAAAGGUAUUAGGAGACCUUGGAAGGGUGUUCUUAUGGUUGGUCCCCCUGGUACAGGAAAAACUAUGCUUGCUAAGGCUGUGGCAACAGAAUGUGGUACAACAUUUUUUAAUGUGUCUUCCUCAACUCUCACCUCCAAGUACAGGGGAGAAUCUGAAAAGAUGGUUCGACUACUCUUUGAAAUGGCUCGAUUCUAUGCCCCAAGCACAAUUUUUAUUGAUGAAAUAGACUCUCUUUGUUCAAGAAGAGGUUCAGAAACGGAACAUGAAGCUUCUAGAAGAGUAAAAUCAGAACUAUUGGUACAAAUGGAUGGAAUAACUGCAAACAGUGAAGAACCAGGAAAAGUAGUAAUGGUGUUAGCAGCUACAAACUUCCCUUGGGAUAUAGAUGAGGCAUUGCGACGAAGAUUAGAAAAACGAAUUUACAUUCCCCUACCAACAGCAGAUGGAAGAGAAGCUCUGUUACGGAUAAGUUUAAAAGAAGUAAAAUUAGAUUCAAAUCUUAAUCUGAAAGAAAUCGCAAGCAAAUUGGAUGGCUACUCUGGAGCCGACAUAACAAACGUUUGCAGAGAUGCUUCUAUGAUGGCCAUGCGUAGAAAGAUUUUUGGAUUGCGUCCAGAUCAGAUAAAACAGUUACCUAAAGAAGAACUGGAUCUUCCAGUGUCCGUUAGAGAUUUUGAAGAAGCGUUAUUAAAAAAUAAUAAGAGCAUUUCCAGAGAGGAUCUGGACAAAUAUGAAAAAUGGAUGAACGAAUUUGGCUCAUCUUAGUCGUAUAUAAAAUUUAAUUGUU